UGAUCUGAUCCGGCACGCAAACAUCUCUGUCUCAUGAACAUUGUUCCAUUUAGCCACGCAGCCACGGAAACUCGCUUUCCUUUUUAUUUGUUGCUGGACCAUUCCAUAAUCUUACCAAGUUUCAAGCCCAUUUAUUCCUGUUAGCAUGAUCAUGUUGUUACUAGACAACUAGGAUUCAUCGCUGUAAACAGAUUCUUCAAAACACGGGAACGCCAGUACGCGACGCCAACACUGAGAUGUUGGCGAGUUAACAACCGGGCAACUCUAAGUGAUCGACGCUGUUAUUAGACAGCCAAAGAGGGUUCUCGAUCAUCCAAUACUUAUUGUUGAUUGGCAGUGGAGGAGAUUGAAACGAAAGACAGGUGUCGAAUAUACAAGUUUCCAAGUCCUACUCAACAUUAAUUUGAGGCUUGAGGCUUAUGAACUUAACGUCCGGCGUUACACCGUCUUGGCAUGAGAAGAACUAUAAUACUCGAGCUGCUAUAGUAUUAUUCGUUCCCAUCUAUAAUUCAUCCCUUCUCCGUUAUCGCUUCCGAACGAUGUGUAAGGAGCUAUAUCAACGUUGGUACGGCUGCUCUUGUUGGGGAUUCAUGCAACCUAAGACAUGUGCUGAAUUGUUCAAGAGAUGCUUAGGACCUAGAGGUGAGGUGGACAAAGUUGUCAUCAAGUGGAAUGAGGGGAUGUGCAAUGAAUGCUGGGAUAGGCUUCUUCAAGAAGCGAGGGAGAUGGCCGAGGCCGAAGACGAGGCCGAAGCACUAGCUGUAGCUUCUGCUUCUUCGACGAGUCGUUCCGCUGGUAGUUAAGAUGUAGACGAACGGUGCUGUCUGUCGAGACUACAUAGCGAGAAAGGACGCAGUAAAGAGUACCUAGGUUAGGUAGAGUUGGGAAUCAAAGACAGGUAGCUAGCACUGAAGAACCCGCAGAACUUGAGGCGGGACUUUGUGGAGGAUAUCCACUGUAAAUAACUAAAUGUGACCUGUAAUAAUGUUACAUUUACCUAAGGCAGGUACCUAGCCCAAGGUCCACUACCUAACCUAUGCCAUAGAGGCCCCCUAGCCUAUUAUAGCUCUCAUUAAACGCG